AUGGAAGACAAAAUUUCUACUUUGGACAAUGUUCUUCCUUGUACGACCAUGAAAGAAACGAACGGAAAUGUACUUCCUUCUUCUUCGUUGCCUCCAGAAAUUCUAGUCAACAUAUUUGGUUUUCUUUGUUCGGUCACGGACCUGUUAUCAUGUGCUCAAGUUAAUCAAGCAUGGCAUCAUGUAAUCACAGCUUUCUACAUAUGGCACACAACAAAAUUUAAAAAUUAUGAAACAUUUUCAAGAUUUCAUGAAAUAUUGCAAAUGAUAUCAAAGACGAGAAGGAAACGGGCAUUAGAAAAUUGGGAUAAACUUAUAGCUGCUUACUUGAGCUCCGUUGCAGAAACUUCCAAAUCAGAAACUUCUGAUGAUGAUGUAGGUGAAGGUGAUGAAACGGUGGGAUCCCCGACUCCUUUAGCAAAUCAAACUUAUUUUCAUUCAACAAGAUAUUAUGGUCAUUUCGUUAUAAAACUUGACUUAUCCAAGAUUCAUAAAAAAGCGAAUAUCACCGAAAAGAUGUUUUGCGAUUUGUUUCCAAAUAUACCAAACCUUGAGAACGUCAAUUUUUAUAAUUGUUACACGGUUACUGAUGAAGUAAUAAAAAACUUGACGGAAUCAUGUCAUCGCCUAAGGAAAUUAAAAUUAUUCGGAUGUACAAGUCUCUCAAACAAAUCUUUGGAUUAUAUCGGAAUGCAUUGUACGGAACUCACCUUUUUAAACAUGGGGUAA